UUGGUUGAGAUAUAAGACUACGGUAGAUUGGUCUAUAUAAUAUUGGGCCUUACAAGAUAUUUCUUUGUGUUUUUUAUCUUGCAAUAUACAAAGUUUCUUUGUGUCCAGUAUCAGAAAAAAGGAUAUCGUUAAAUGAUGCGAAUAAUGAUGUGAAUAUAUCAUUUUUUGUUUGUUGUUUUCAAUCAUAUUUCAAAAUUUAUUUCUUAUCGAUGAGAUAUCAAUAUUUAACUUGUGAUAAAUUUGUUACAUUUUUCGACAUCAAGAUAUAAAAACCUUUUUAUUUUCGGCCGCUAUGAUAAUUUAGAUUAAUUUGAAAGAUUCAUACACAUGCCUAUAUAAUAUAUCAUUUAUUUAAUAUAACGACAUAAUUAUUAAUUGUGAUAAAAAUAUGUGAAAAGUAUAAAGAAAAAUGUGAUCUCUCAAUAUAUGUCAGACCGUUCAUAAUUUCAUCAAGCUCAUGCGAUUACUCAUGUAACGGUAGGUAAUUAAUUUAUAAAAUAUUAUCAUAUAUUUUUUUAACUUAUUCAUUACUUCCCGUGAAUAAGAUAAAAUUUUAAAAAUAUUGUACAAUCAAACAGAGAAAUAAAUAUAUAACAUGUAUGGUUCUGUGAAAUAUACUUACGUAUGUACAGUUUCGUUCGUAACAAAUUAUUUAAAAAAUUUAUAUUUUUUAGUAUAACUUAGAAACUAAUAAGAAAAAAAAAGAUAUAGGGAUACAUACACACGUAUAUACAUUACUACAUUGAACGAUGUCCGCAGAUAUAAUGGCAGGGAUUCCCUUAUGUUUCUAUUUUUAGAUUUCAGCCGUAGUUAUAUCACGAAAGAUGGCGCAACGGUUCUGCAGAAAGUUUCAUACCGAUAAAGAUUCAAUGAAACUCAUGCGUAGAAGUUUGACGAAACGCACUGUUAGAGGAAUAAAAAAAGUUAAAUUGUAUGAUACGUCGAUGGUGAAUAAUAAAGAAGAUUUUAUGAACAUAAUAGGACUCGAAAUGAAAAGGCAAAAAGUAGAAAAUAAUAUGGAAAGAAAUAAUAACGUGAUAGUUAAGAAGAAAAAUGAAGAAGAAGAAGAAGAGGAGGAAGAAGAAGAAGAAAAUUCUUCUGGUACUUUAAGAAUACGAAAAUGCAGUGUCGUUAUUGUUGCUGAAAGGUGUAAAAUUUGUGACUUACCCUUUAAAUGUAAAAGUGAUGUUAUAUUCCAUACGGUUAUGCGACACGGUAAUGAUCCCAUUGUAAGCAAUUACUAUACUGAAACCAAUACCGUUACGAAGAAACAACGUUCAAACAUUCGAAGAAGGAAAACACCGAAUAACAAUAAUCUAUUUCGUCUUAAAAUAAAGAUAGGUGAAGAGAUCAUUUCGGAUAUUACUAUGAAUCGUAAACAUUUAAAAAUAUUAAAUUCCUCUUCUGGUUCUAAUUCUACUUCAUCAUCAUAUUUCCCGCCAAAAAUAAUCGAUCCUGAAAAUCGAAAAAAUGAAGAUUCUAUUAAGCUUAAAAAUAAUUCUAAAAGUAGACUAGUAGGUAUUGAUUGUUUUGGCUCGACAAAGAAUCAUUACAAGGACUACGUAAUGGGCGUUCAACCCUUGAAUCAUAUACAUAUGUUAGACGACUCCCUAUUAAACGAAGGGUUUCAGAACGAUGACGGUAAUCGUUCAAAACAUGUUAUAGAUGUUGAGGAUAAAAAUACGGCAUAUUGUAACGAUGAAUCCGUAUUUUUUAGAUUACCCUUGUUAUGCUCUUUAUCUAAAGAUAUUAUGAUAAAAAAUAAUGAAAAUUCAUAUAUAACUAAUAUCUCGUCUAUUGGUGAACGUAAUACAUUUGAUAAAGAAAAUAUAAUGGCUAAAACGCAGUCUGUAAGAAAUAUUGUAAAUAUUGAUCAGUCAGUAAAAGUUACCGAAAUGCAUUUGACUUCGGAUAAAGAGGACGAGAACAAGGUUAAUGAUAAUAAUGAUGAUGCCGAUGAUGACGAAAUACAGGAAAUACUUCGUAUUACCAAAAGAAGACGGACAAGUAACGAGAAUGUCAUACGUAGAUUGGAUAGUCCUUUGAACAAAGAUCGAAUGUUAUCCGAUUCCAAAGAAGAAUUUAUCAAUAUGAGGGAGAAACGAUAUCAUUUAUGCAUAUCCAUAGUAUGACAUUAAUAGUCAUCUCCAUCGUACUGAAUAACAUCGGGAUUAUUCGAACCUUGUACAUACGCCAUAUAUGUGUAUGUGCAUAUAUAUAUGGUAUGUACACGAGAAAGAAAGAAGAUACAAAGAUGCAACGGAGGUAAUAAAUAGCGACACCAUUGAAAAGGAAAAAUUGAAAGAGGACUGUAUAAGGAUAGGUUAACCUUUCUUCUUUGAGAAUCGCUUAGUCUAUUAUUAUUUUUGUAUUAUAGAUUGAUGUAGCGUUUUAAUUCUAACGCAAGUAUAUAUAUUUUUUUUUAAUUAUUAAUCUUAUCAGAAAUAUAGUAAUAACUUUUCAGUUAUGACAGCGUUUUUCUCUUAGAUGACAAUAACUCGAAGCUGUGCUUCGAACAUUUUUAAAAACAUAUACUAUAUAAGUAUUAAGUAAGAGAGAACUCUUAAGAAAACUGAUGUAUGGAAGCUCUCUUUAUAAUCAACAAAAAAAAAAAAAAUUUUUUUUAUUAUUAUUAAGCGUAGAUUUAAUUUUCAUUAUCAUAAUAUUUUUUAUAUGUGUAAAGUACAAACGCGAAAAACAAAGAUUCUUAUAAGACUUUAUAUUUUAUAUAAUUCAAUCGGUGCAAUAUGCUAAAAUAAGUCCAUAAUUAUUGGGAAUAAUAUAAUUGUUGUGUUUAUGUAUAUUAUACGCAAUACAUCACACAUAGAGGACGACUUAAAUAUUCGUAGAAUACAUUAUGUAUUUCCAUAUUCCUAUACUAUACGAAUACUUAACUUUUCUACUGUAUAUAUAAGCUAAGUCGUAUAUAUAAUACUACAUACAUACAUGUCUACGAUGAAAUAUAAUUUAUUUUUAAGAUUAUAUAAAUACACUUUAUAAAAUCAAAAAUUCAUUAUCAAUAAUUGAUUACUAAGUUUAACAAAUAUACUUGUAAACAAAAUCAGUAUAUUUGUUGCAAUCUUUUUUUUUUUAUUUUUUUCGUUAUCGAUUGAACAUGUUUAUUAUAUGUUGACUUUUAUUUUCAUAUCAUUUUUAUCACUUUAUUUAUAAUUUAUUCGAACGACGAUGUUAACAGAACUGUAAAAUAGUAAAAUAGCGAUGUCAAUAAGUAACGAAUUACAAGUGUUCCUUUUUUCCUACUUACAAUAUCGUAAAUAAUCGUUCCUUAAAAAGCAGUUGAAACUGUUGAAUUACACAAAGUACGAUGCGUUAAAUAUAUUAUACAUAUAUAGAUGUAUGUAUGACGCAUCAUAAGAACCUAUAUCGCAAUAUUUAUCUCAACUAUGAUUGUAAGUUUUUAUACGUCUUAUUUAAAUAUAUUUCGUUGGCAAAAACUAACAAUUCAUUUUAAUAUCGAUUCGUGUUAUUUAUCCCUAUUUAUCAAUCACCAUUUU